GUCUGAAAAAUCGCGUCUUAAAACGUCAACUCGAUUCCCUUCAUUUUCAUCUCUCUUCUCCCGUCCCCCUUUUUUUCUCUCUCUCUCUCACACACACACACACACUCUCGCGAAUUAGACGGAGGUAGUGCUCACAAUCAUUAACUUCAACCCGCAGAUUGGCAGGGGAUGUGAUUAUUCUGCUCUUCUUCUGCCUUCAAAUUGCAGAGGGGUUGCCAGUUAGCUAUCCUGGAAUCUCGUAAUGUAUAUAAAGCAGGUUGUUCUAGAAGGGUUUAAGAGUUACCGGGAGCAAGUUGCAACUGAGACAUUGAGUCCCAAAGUUAACUGUGUUGUUGGUGCUAAUGGAUAUGGCAAAUUGAACUUUUUCCAUGAAAAUGAUUUAUUGAUUUGUAUUCUGCAAUUGGUGCUAAUGGAUCUGGCGAAUCGAACCUUUUCCAUGCAAUAUGCGUCGUUACAAGUGAUCUAUCCCAAUAAUUUGCCCAAUGAAGAAAGGCAGGCGUUACUUCACGAAGGUGUUGGCCACCAAGUGUUAUCUGCUUUUGUGGAGAUUGUAUUUGACAACUCCGACAACCGUAUUCCUAUAAGCUUUGGAUGGAAGACAGAAGUCAUGAAUCUGCUGGAAAGUGCAGGAUUUUCUCGUUCUAAUCCUUAUUAUGUUGUGCAGCAGGGCAAAACAGCCUCGUUGAUAUUGAUGAAGGAUUCAGAACGAUUGGAUCUGCUGAAGGAAAUUGGUGGGGCUCGAGUUUAUGAGGAGAGACAGCAUGAAAGUUUGAAAAUAAUGCAGGAUACUGGUAAUAAGAGAAAGCAAAUUAUUCAAGUUGUCCAAUACUUGGAUGACAAACUUCGGGAGCUUGAUGAAGAGAAAGAGGAGUUAUAUUAGCAGCUUGACAGGCAGUAAAAGUCUCUAGAAUACACGAUUAUGAUAAAGAACUUCAUCAUGCCAAGCAGAUGCUGACGGAUAUAGAGGAGAAUCGAAACAAGGUUUCUGAAACAUCUGCCACAAUGUUUAACCAAGUUUGGAUGCUCAUGAAAAGUGCAAGGAGCUCGACAAGUUACUUAAAGACCUGACGAAAGGAGCUCAAAUUUUAAGCAAUAGAGAAACAAAGGACAGAAGCCAUGAAGAAGCGUGCAAAACUUGAACUUGAUGACAAAGACUUCCAUGAUAAGAUUAAGGCAAACAUCAAGGCAAA